AACAAUUUCAAACCCUAGCUACUUUGUUUGAAAUUCAGUGCACUCCAUUUAGACCCUCGCAGCUAACACGUAGCACCGUAACAUGACUCACCUUGGCACCACCAUGCCUUUAAAUUGUUGCUAUUCCAGCUUUUCCAUAAGCACCAUUUCUUGUUUAAUUCAUUAGCUUGUCACAAUUCAUAAAACUUGAUCCAAAAUGAAGAGCCUCUCUUCACGAGCCGUGGUCGCAGUGGUGAUGGUGAUGAUGGUGUUGAUGCUUGAAGCUGAGUCAGGCGCUGACGUGUCGAGUAAUGCAGUGAAUUGCAGUCCAGCAGGGCUAAGGCCAUGUCUGCCAGCGCUGAACUCGCCGGCGCCGCCAACAAGCGGUUGCUGCAGCCAGUUGAGGAUCCAGAAGCCUUGCCUUUGUGGAUACAUGAAGGAUCCAAAUUUGAAGACUUAUCUGUCGUCUCCUAAUGCCAAAAAAGUUUCUACUGCUUGUGGUGUUCCUUUGCCUAAGUGUUAGUUCAAGCUAAUAAUAAGUGUACUGUGUCACUUAUCUGUGAUGUAUGUGGUUUCUAUGUAAUAAAAAAAUAAAAGGCUAAACUAUAGCCGGAUUCCUCCUA